CAAGUCCCAGGAGACCCCGCAGCGACGGCGCCCUCCCGUGGUCCUUCCCUGGCUCUUCGCGCCAGUGGAGCUAAAGGUUCCGUUCGCGGCGCACUGCGGCUUGGUUUGUUUUCCACCGCGGUGACGGAGUUGAGAGCCCGACCGACUGCAGGCGGGGGCGUCAGGAGGCGGAUUCCUCCUCCCUUAAGCGCUGGGGGGCGGGGAGGAGGGAGGCCGGGCCCGCGGCCGGAGACCGAGCCGCCAAGACCCAGCGGCUGAGGAGAUGGAGGGCGGCGGGGUGCCGUGGGGCAGCGAGCCGGUGUCAGGUCCCGGCCCGGGAGGCAGCGGAAUGAUCCGCGAGCUGUGCCGGGGCUUCGGUCGCUAUCGACGCUACCUGGGCCGGCUGAGACAGAACUUGCGCGAAACCCAGAAGUUCUUCCGCGACAUCAAAUGCUCCCACGACCACAGUUGUCCCUCCUCCGCUACGGGCGGCGGCGGGGCCGAGCCCGGCCCUGUCAGCGAUGUCGCUGAAACCGGGCAGCAGCUGGGCCAGCUGAGCUGCAUUUCCUUCCCACCCAAGGAAGAGAAGUACCUCCAGCAGAUUGUGGACUGCCUGCCCUGCAUCUUGAUCCUUGGCCAGGAUUGUAAUGUAAAGUGCCAGCUGUUGAACCUGCUCUUGGGGGUGCAGGUGCUUCCUACCACCAAGCUGGGCAGUGAGGAGAGCUGUAAGCUUCGGCGCCUUCGCUUCACCUAUGGGACUCAGACUCGGGUCAGCCUGGCACUCCCUGGCCAGUAUGAACUAGUGCACACUCUGGUUGCUCACCGGGGCAACUGGGAGACCAUCCCUGAGGAGGACCUGGAGGUCCAAGAAGACAGUGAGGACGCCGCCCAUGUUUUAGCGGAACUGGAGGUGGCGAUGCACCAUGCUCUGUUACAGGAAGUGGACAUUGUGGUGGCACCGUGCCAAGGCCUCCGGCCCACAGUGGAUGUUCUGGGUGACUUGGUGAAUGAUUUCUUGCCUGUGGUAACCUAUGCUCUCCACAAAGAUGAACUCUCAGAGAGGGAUGAGCAAGAGCUUCAGGAAAUCCGAGAGUAUUUUUCCUUUCCCGUAUUCUUUUUCAAAGUGCCGAAGCUGGGCUCAGAAAUCAUUGACUCCUCCACCAGAAGAACAGAGAGUGAAAGAUCACCACUUCAUCGCCAGCUCAUUGAUCUGGGCUAUCUGAGCAGCAGUCACUGUAACUGUGGGGCCCCUGGCCAGGACACCAAAGCUCAGAGCAUGUUGGUGGAACAAAGUGAGAAGCUGAGACACUUGAGCACUUUUUCUCAUCAGGUGCUACAGACUCACUUGGUGGAUGUAGCCAAGGCCCUGAACCUGGUGCACUGCCGCUGCCUUGACAUCUUUAUUAACCAGGCCUUUGACAUGCAGCGGGACCUGCAGAUUACCCCCAAACGUUUGGAAUAUACUCGAAAAAAGGAGAAUGAGUUGUAUGAAUCAUUGAUGAAUAUUGCCAACCGAAAGCAGGAGGAGAUGAAAGACAUGAUUGUUGAGACACUUAACACCAUGAAGGAGGAACUUCUGGAUGAUGCUGCUAACAUGGAGUUUAAAGAUGUCAUUGUCCCUGAGAAUGGGGAACCAGUGGGCACCAGGGAGAUCAAGUGCUGCAUCCGACAGAUCCAGGAGCUCAUCAUCUCCCGGCUUAAUCAGGCGGUGGCUAACAAGCUGAUCAGCUCAGUGGAUUACCUACGUGAGAGCUUUGUGGGAACCCUGGAACGGUGUCUGCAGAGCCUGGAGAAGUCUCAUGAUGUCUCAGUUCACAUUACCAGUAAUUAUCUCAAACAGAUCUUAAAUGCCGCCUAUCAUGUUGAAGUCACAUUUCACUCAGGGUCCUCGGUAACAAGGAUGCUCUGGGAACAAAUCAAGCAGAUCAUCCAGCGCAUCACAUGGGUUAGCCCACCUGCCAUAACUCUAGAGUGGAAGAGGAAGGUGGCCCAAGAAGCCAUUGAGAGUCUCAGUGCCUCCAAGUUGGCCAAGAGCAUCUGCAGCCAGUUCCGGACUCGGCUCAAUAGUUCUCAUGAGGCUUUUGCAGCCUCCUUGCGGCAGCUGGAAGCUGGCCACUCAGGCCGGCUGGAGAAAACUGAAGACCUAUGGCUGAAGGUUCGGAAAGAUCAUGCCCCCCGCCUGGCCCGCCUUUCACUGGAGAGCCGUUCUUUACAGGACGUCUUGCUGCACUGUAAACCUAAACUGGGACAGGAACUAGGCCGGGGCCAGUAUGGUGUGGUGUACCUGUGUGACAACUGGGGGGGACACUUCCCUUGUGCCCUCAAGUCGGUUGUCCCUCCAGAUGAGAAGCACUGGAAUGACCUGGCUUUGGAGUUUCACUACAUGAGGUCUCUGCCGAAGCAUGAGCGACUGGUGGAUCUCCAUGGGUCAGUCAUCGACUACAACUAUGGUGGUGGCUCCAGCAUUGCUGUGCUGCUUAUUAUGGAGCGGCUACAUCGGGACCUCUACACAGGGCUGAAGGCUGGGCUGACCCUGGAGACACGUUUACAGAUAGCACUCGAUGUGGUAGAGGGCAUCCGCUUCCUGCACAGCCAGGGACUCGUCCACCGUGACAUCAAACUGAAGAACGUGCUGCUAGACAAGCAGAAUCGUGCCAAGAUCACAGACUUAGGAUUCUGCAAGCCGGAGGCUAUGAUGUCAGGCAGCAUUGUGGGGACCCCAAUCCAUAUGGCCCCUGAACUCUUCACAGGAAAGUAUGAUAAUUCUGUGGACGUGUACGCUUUCGGGAUUCUUUUCUGGUAUAUCUGCUCAGGCUCUGUCAAGCUCCCUGAGGCAUUUGAGAGGUGUGCCAGCAAAGACCACCUCUGGAACAAUGUGAGGAGAGGGGCCCGCCCAGAACGUCUCCCUGUGUUUGAUGAGGAGUGCUGGCAGUUGAUGGAAGCCUGUUGGGAUGGUGACCCCUUGCAGAGGCCUCUUUUGGGCAUUGUCCAGCCCAUGCUCCAGGGCAUCAUGGACCGACUAUGCAAGUCAAGUUCUGAGCAGCCAAACAGAGGACUAGAUGACUCCACUUGAAAGCGAAGAAGAGGCCAUUCUCUCUUACUUUCUGUUUUUUCCCUUUCCCCCCACCUUUUGGCCAUGGGGGACAUUUGACAUUUAUUCAGUACAGGGAGCUCUCGAGGGAAUUGGUGCUUGCCAGGCAGCUUGAGACCUUCCCAAGCAAAGAUGACUCUUGGAUAGUGAAGAGCUAGAUGGCUGUUUGAGCAUAUUCAGCAGUUCACCGAUGUCCCCAGCUGUCCCUUCAGCAAAAGAUUGUCUAGGUCACGUGUAACAGCUGGAAAAUGGGAUGUUCUGGCCUUGGAAUUGAUAAGGAGGGAAAUCUUACCAUCCUCUGCUCACUGCAUAUGUUUCUUUCCAAGAUACCAAGUGAACACUGCAGUGGCAAUAGUAUUAAAGACUCAUUGCCAUGACUUCCGCAGUUUGAUUCCAUUCAGUGGUCAGAAGAACCCUUAGAAAAUUUGAACUUAGUUCUGUGGUUGUGAGAACAUAGAGACAACGAAAAUAACAUGUGGGUGCUUGGUUCCUGCUGUCUGCAACUGGAGGUCUCAGGUCACAAGCCCCUCUGUCCCUCAAGGCACCAGUGUGUUUACAUUUGUAGGACCACAUAGCCCUGGUUUCUGGGGGGAGGGCUUCACAGUUACAUCACCAAGAGGCAAAGAAAGAAAAAAACAAACAAAAAAAAAGAAGCGAUAUGUAUGUAUGUAUAUAAGCUAUUGGAUUUUGAGUUACUGCUAAACUCAGAACGGAACAGACUCUGUUCCUCUACCCUUGGGCCUUUUUUUUUUUCUUUCUGUUUUUCAUCUCAAGGUGGGGAAGCUGCAGAUAACAUGGUACCUGGGGGUGAGCAUCUGUGCAGAACUGACCCACUGUGAAGUAUCUGAUGAGACCUGAGAAGCUGGCAAGACCUCAAACCUACUGGAAAAUACCGGUUUGUUUUUACAACUUAACAAAAUCAGAAACUCUUCUUUUUGUUUUUGAAUCUAACACACUGAUAUCUUAAAAACUUGAUCCAUGAGCUUUUUAACCAAGGUUUCUUCUGCAGUUUGUCCCUUCUUCUUGCCUUCUUUUAAAUAUAAUUUGUUAGAAGAAAGAAUAAGACAAAACAGAACAGUCUAGCAGAUGUGUGUGUGUGCACCUUACCCCUGUGUGUUGGUGUCUGGGAAGGUUCUCUUCCCUGUGCAGCUGGGAGGAGGAAUAGUGGUCUUUUGGAGAGUUUGUCACGAAGUAUACAUGAGGGAAAUUCUGAUUCCUGUCACAGGAAGGCGUAUAAUUUAAACAGCGGUUUAAAUGUUUGAUUUCAAGCCUUCCUCAAUCAAACUGGCCCGUUAGAUUUAGAAAAACAGGCAGACAGAGGAGGACUAGGCAGUGAAGUGGCUCCUAUCUGCUUAGUCCCUAGGCAGUGUGAUGUGGCCCCUGUGGCCAGCCCCACAGUGUGGGAAACAGAUCCCCGAGCAAGAUGAGUGGGACAUCUACUGCUGGGGUUUUCCAGAGUCAUGCCAGAACUGCCAGCUCUUGGUUACUGACAGCAUCAGUGGAGUCUGUAAGAAACUUUUGAUAGAACCUUUAAAGCUCAGUUUAACUCUUGGCUGUCCCAGGCUCUAAUUAUGGUAUGUUUUGAGUGUGGCAGCCUCCUAAACAUUUGAGGCCUUCAGAAAUGGCAGGGAUAAAACCCUUUUCCCUUGCAAAUGAUGAAGGGAGUGAUCUUUGAGCUCUGUAGGGUGGCGCCUUGUUUUGGUGGAAUGUUCAGUACACUUCUUAGAAUUUUAACACCUACUAGCUAGCUAUACUUCAGGUCACUCUAUUCUUGUCAGCAUUAAUGCGUUGUCCUUCUGGGGACAAUGAUGGGACUUCAGGAAGCCAGGUUUCAAGUAGGAAAGGAGAAGUGAGUGGUCUCUACUUGUGAGAAAUAAUAAAAGAGAAAAUCAGUGUAAGCCUGUUGUGUUUGAAAUUUCCACAAAAGCCUUACAUGGUUCCUCUUUUCAGAGUUUCUUUUAGCUCUGGUUGUGAUUUGAAUUCUCAGUGCCCGUAUGGAGACCACAUUCUUAACAUUCUCUGGAAGUCUUAACUCCUACCUCCAUUCACACUUGGGAGGUUAGGUUCCCCCCACUCAGAGUCCCCUUUCAGUUUAUUCCCUGUGGUUUAGUCUGCUCUCAGAUACCAGUUUUCUAGCAGAUCGUCCACAUUUUUUGCCCAGGGUGAGGGAGGAAGGAAGGGGUUAAUAUUAAGUAAGAAGAGUAGCUGUGUUACAGUUCCUUUAAAAAGAAGUAUUCCGAGAAAAAGGUGCAAAUUCUUCCUGAAAGUCUCCAGGCCAGCCAAAGGCCACAAAUGGAUGUUUGGGGGUGUUAUUUAAACACUCAGCAGGCUGAGUGCAGAAAUACAUGUGCUAUGUAUGUAUAUUUGCUUUUAUUUUGUAACAUUGUCAGCUAAUUUUGGAUUCUUUGUUCCUUGGCACCCAUUGUUACUAAAGCGAUGGAAUGUCAUGACAUGUACUGUAUUGUGUAGUACUUGGGAAGACACUAGAUACUCAAAGACAUCUGGUGGCACUUGGAUUACGGAGGACUCAGCAUAGCCAAAGUCCCGAAGAGUUUACCUGCUACCUGUGGUUGUACAUGCUUCCAAGUGGUGAGGCAAGUUGGCUGGGGGAGGAGGAUGGAUGGCAUUGUGCCAGAAUCACCCUUGCUGUGUGCUGCCCUUCUAAUCAACUUGAUUAGGGUACUUUAUCCCAGCCGGAAAAUGACCACUUCGCCAUUUUUAAUGCCUCUCAUUUCGCUUCAGAAAUCAGACGCGAUGUUGGUGGUGCUUGGGGCAGCCGAAUGACUGACCUGUGCCUAGAUAGCUGGUGGCAAGGUCAGCCUAGCUCGGGUGAGGAACGCUCAGUUUGGCUGAGGUGUCCACAGCCAUGCCCUAGUUCCCUUGAUCUUCCGCAGAGAAUGGCUCAUUGACCGAGCAAGCUUUUCACUUCUCUGGGAAAGAGGACUGUGCUGGUUGUUCCAGACCAAAGAGAGUCACUUUUGACUCCAUCAUCUUCAGGGGGACAGAGCCCAGGCAGCAGGUUCUCCUAAUUUUUAAACACUAAACUGCAAGGAAACUGGCGGAAAGGUUACAUCACCACCAGGGAUACAAUUAGGGCAGUGGUACAGCUCUUGACUAGUGCCUGUGGGCUCACGGAGGGAUCGGAGCUUUGUUUUUCCGAGGGGGGAAGUAGUCUGGGGUCGCAGGGCUGUAACGUGGUAACUGCACUGAAUGACACUUUAUAUGCUGGCUUAUUAUUGAGCACUGAGAAGCAGAGAGGGGGUGGUGGUUACAGUAGCACUUUGGGGAAGAGGGGCGCCCUCUGGCCUUGCCUUGGUGGGAUGGCAUGCUUGGUAUCCCUUUUGGCUCAUCAUGGAAAUGCCGAAGUCCUUGUCACAUCAGAGCAGGAUCCACAGCCCUGCAAGAGUCCAUUGCCAACAGAGUCUUUUUUCCUUGAGUUUUCAAAGCUUGAUUUGCUGGAUCAAAUAACCCACCUUUCCUUUAAAAGGAAAAAAAGGGAGGGGAUUUAUCCUUCUUGGGCAAAGUUGGGGGUGAGGAAGGAGUGACCUUGAGAAAACUUUGUAUUGCAGACUCCUUGGGGGUUUCAAGUAGCCCUACCAUUCUGAAGGGGUUUGAUUGUUAACUUCUGCCCUGUUAACAUCCAGCCCACCUGAGGGGAUGGUGGAGACUGUGUGUGAACACUUGGCAUUGGGGAGGCCACUUUGUCUAGAAGGUUGAAAAGAAAAUUGGUCUGGACGGCUUGUUGUCUUUUGUCUUUAUGUAAUGUUUUUUGUUUGUUUGUUUGUUUUAAAGGACUAAUGUUUAUUACAGUGUUAAAUAAAAAUGUAACAUACUAAGUGUGUAGAAUAAAAGUGCAAUAACAAAAGAAAAUUUGGGACAAACUUCGGUCCUUACACUCUCCCAUCUUAAACUACCUGGCUCUUUCCAUAAUACUGUUACAGCAGGACCAUGUUAAUUGUAUUUGUAAGAGAUGCGACUCUGGGUUCAAUCUUCAUUUAGUGUGUUUUGAAUGGUUGGGUUUGGUUUUAUAGACUCUUCUGUAUACUUGUUGGGAUGCACAGAUACCGGAUGUGCUAUGUAAUAAAGAUCACAUUAACGUC